CCUUUCUCUAUAUCCCUUUUCCAUCUCCGGUUUAAGCUCAGAAAUUACCAAUAUAUCCUGGCCUUGGUUUUUGCCAUAGAAGAGAUAAAUAAUAACCCCCAUGUUUUGCCCAAUAUAUCUCUGGGUUAUGAGAUCUAUAAUGUUCUGCACAGUCAAUGGAGGACUUUGGAGAGUUCCCUCAUUUUGCUUACAGGGCAGGAUGAGGUCCCCAAUUACACCUGCAGAAGAGAGAGCAAGUCUAUAGCUGUUCUUACAGGAACAACAUGGGAAAUAUCUGCCCAGAUUGGAACACUAUUGGAACUCUACAAGUUUCCACAGAUGACCUAUGGUGCUUUUGACCCUAUGCUCAGUGACAGUGAUCAGUUUCCCUCUCUCUAUCAGAUGGCUCCCAAAGACACAUCUCUAGCCCUUGGCAUGGUCUCUCUGGUGCUUCAUUUUAGCUGGACAUGGGUGGGACUGGUCAUUGCAGAGAAUCAGAAAGGUCUUCAGUUUCUCUCAGAUUUGAGAGAAGAAAUGGAUAGGAAUAGAAUCUGUGUAUCAUUUCUAAAAAUGAUCUCAAAGAGUGACAUGGUAUCAAAUAGACCAACAUAUGAUUUAUGGACCAGAGAAACAUCACCAGCAAAUGUUAUUAUUAUCUACUUUGAUACUAACAGUGUCCUUGAUGUUGGAUUUUACACUGGGCAACAUUUAGUGACAUGGAGAGUCUGGGUCACAAACUCACAAUGGCAUCCUGCCACCCUUGGGGAAAAUUUCAUCAUGGACUCUUUCCAUGGAACACUCAUUUUUGCACACCAGCAUGAGGAGAUUUCUGGUUUUAAAACUUUUAUCCAGACAGUUACCCCUUCAAAAUACCCAGAAGACAUUUACCUCACUGUAUUUUGGUCCAUGAACUUUGACUGCACUUUAUCUAAUUUUGAUUGUACAUUGAAGAACUGCCCACCCAAUGCUUCUCUCACCUAUCUUCCUGUGAGUCAUUUUGACCCUGCCAUGAGUGACGAGAGUUAUAAUGUCUACAAUGCUGUGUAUGCCGUGGCUCACGCUCUCCACAAGAUGCUUCUCUACCAAGUUCAGAUGCAACCAAGCAACAUUGGAGAACCGGAGGGAUUUUCCCCCUGGCAGUUGCACCACUUUCUAAAGGAACUUCAAUUUACCAGUCCUAUUGGAGACCACGUGAACCUGGAUGAGCAAAAGAAACUGAGUGCGGAGUAUGACAUUCUGAACUUUUGGAAUCUUCCAGAGGGUCUUAGGCUUAAAAUGAAAGUAGGACGGUUUUCCCCACAUGCUCCACGUAGUCAACAGUUGUCUCUAAAUGAGGAUAUCAUAGAGUGGGGCACAGGAAUUACAGAGACUCCCCGCUCUGUGUGCAGUGAGAGCUGUCAUCCUGGGUUCAGGAAAUCCCCUCAGGAAGGAAGGGCUGCCUGUUGUUUCAAUUGCAUCCCUUGCCCAGAGAAUGAGAUCUCCAACGAGACAGAUAUGCAGCAGUGUUUGAAGUGUCCGGGCCAUCAGUAUUCCAACAUUCAGAGAAAUCGCUGCCUCCAAAAAUCUGUCACAUUUCUGGCUUUUGAAGACCCCUUGGGGAAGACUCUUGUUGGCACAGCUCUGAGCUUAGCUAUUCUUACAGCUGUUGUUCUUGGGCUCUUCGUGAAGCACAGAGACACUCCCAUGGUCAAGGCCAACAACCGGACUCUCAGUUACACCCUGCUCAUCUCUCUCAUCUUCUGUUUCCUCUGCUCUUUACUCUUCAUUGGCCUUCCCAACACAGCCACCUGUAUCCUCCAGCAGACUACAUUUGGAAUCGUGUUCACUGUGGCUGUUUCCACCAUCUUGGCGAAAACUAUCACUGUGGUGCUGGCCUUCAAAGUCACUGCUCCAGGCAGAAGGAUGAGGCAGCUGUUGGUAUUGGGGGCACCUAACUACAUCAUCCCCAUCUGGUCCAUGAUCCAACUCACUCUCUGUGGAGUCUGGAUGGGAACAAGUCCACCUUACAUUGACACAGAUGCACACUCUGAACAUGGCCACAUCAUCAUCGUGUGCAACAAGGGCUCACUCACUGCCUUCUACUGUGUCCUGGGAUACCUGGGCUCCCUGGCCCUGGUGAGCUUCACUCUGGCCUUCCUGGCCAGGAACCUGCCUGACACAUUCAAUGAAGCCAAGUUCCUGACCUUCAGCAUGCUGCUGUUCUGCAGCGUGUGGGUCACCUUCCUCCCUGUGUACCACAGCACCAAGGGCAAGGUUAUGGUGGCCAUGGAGGUCUUCUCCAUCUUGGCCUCCAGUGCAGGGCUUCUGGCCUGCAUCUUCAUCCCUAAAUGCUACAUUAUUUUGUUAAGACCAGAUAGGAAUUCUCUACAUGGGUUCAGAGAUAAAACACAUUCUGACAGAAAGAAAAUUUUUUAA